AUAACACAACAAGGAUGAAUGAUGUUAUCCAUAUUUGAAUAAUUUUAUUGGAUUGCUUUAAAAAAGUAAAUAUUAUAAAUGGAUAGACAAAAUAUGGAAUUGGAAAUUAGUAUUUGUAGGGAUAUUCCUAUCAAAUAUGAUUAUUCUAAGUGUGAAAUCCAGUAUCUUGAUUUUUGUGAUUUAAAAUAUAAUAACUUCUAUGAGAAGUAUAUGUUACAAAAUUUACCAUGUAUAAUAAAAAAUGUAUCGAAUACCUGGCAAUGCUCAGUUGAUUGGAUUAAGGAAGGUUCCAUUAACUAUGAGUAUCUAGAACAACACUAUGGAGAUGUAGUAGCUCCUGUUGCCGACUGCCAAGAAACCAAUUUUAAUUCUCAUUGCAAAACUAAUAUGAAAGUUGGUGAUUAUAUAAGUUAUCUCAGAAACCCUUCCAAAGAAAAACUACUAUAUCUUAAAGACUGGCAUUUGAAAAGAUUGAAAAGUGGUGAAAAUUUUUAUGAAGUGCCACAUAUAUUUGCUUCCGAUUGGUUGAAUGAAUUUGCUAUUGAUCAUGAGGAUGAUGAUUUUAUGUUCGUUUAUAUUGGAGCUCAAAACACUUGGACUCCCUUGCACGCAGAUGUUUAUUCAUCUUACAGUUGGUCAGUAAAUGUAAUCGGAAGGAAAAAAUGGAUCCUGUUUCCUCCCGGAGAAGAAGAAAAAUUAAAGGAUUCUCUAGGAAACCUACCUUUAUUAUUUAAUGCGCAUGAAUUUAAUAAUGUAAGAUACAUAGAAGUUACACAAGAAAGAGGCGAUGCAAUUUUUGUUCCAUCCGGAUGGCACCACCAAGUUUGUAAUGAGUUAGAAACUAUAUCAAUUAAUCAUAAUUUCGUAAAUGCAUGUAACAUACAUUUUGUAUGGGAAGCAUUGCAAAGAAAUCUUAUUUCUGUUGAAAAUGAAAUUAAGGAGUUCAGAGAAACUCCAGAAUUUACUAGCCAGUGCCAACUUAUACUGAAAUCACUGUUCGGCAUGGAUUUUGAAAGUUUCAUAAAUUUCAUCACUUACAUAGCCACUAAGAGAUUAAGUUUAAGAAAUAAUAGACAGUAUAUAGUUUUUGAUAUGUAUAAUAUUGGAAAAAACCAUAUUGAUAAUGAUUUAUUAAUCAUAUUUAAAAUAAUAAAAUGUCUUUUAAACCACCCUCUAAUACUAGACAGCCAUUUACCACAGAACAUAGCACCAACAUUAAUUAAUAUAAGAGAUCAAAUAAGUGAUAUAAUAAUUAAAAAAAGUCCUGAAGCCAAGGCAUAAAAAAUGUCAGCCCUUAUAAAUUCGAUUUUUUAUAGGCAUAGACACUAUUGUUGUUAAUAAGUUCUUGUAUUUCUGAUUUUUUAUACCCUAAUGAUGUCAGUAUUUCUAUUGUAUGUUGACCUGGUUUCACCGAUGGUAACUUACCACUGGCUGAACCCGGUGUUCUUGAUAAUCGAGGAGCUGGUUCUGGAGCUACUAAAUUAUUUUCAUCUACAUAGAAUGACUUUCGUGACACAUGCAGGUCAUGGUUUUUUACAUUUUUUAAAUCUAAUACAGGAGUGACGCAGGCAUCCAAUUCUUUAAAGAUGUUGCACCAUUCCUGUUG